GGCUACUGAAGGGCAAACCUGGAUGCAGCCGGAAAGGUCCAGGUAGAUGAGCUUGUGGCAUCCGUCCCCCAGGUUCAGGGACUCCACAUACCCAGGCUGGGUCUUACUGUUUCUGAACUGAAUUAGUUAAGAUUGUCCAAGCUUGGAUUUCAAAGGAUACUUUCCUGGCUCCAUCUGUCACACCCAGGAAUCGGGGCCAGCUGUAUGUCAGGAUGCGCGUGGUCACCCUCGUCCUACUGCUGUGCUUCUUCAGAGUCACUGAGCUCCUGCGCAGGGCAGGCCCUGGCAGUGCCAGAAGCCGCACCACCUAUGGGCGGGCAGCGGGGAGCCGGAGGGGCUCCCAUCCUGUCAAGCGCUAUGCACCAGGCCACCCCUGCGAUGUGUACACUUAUCUCCAUGAGAAAUACUUAGACUGUCAGGAAAGAAAAUUAGUGUAUGUCCUACCUGCCUGGCCUCAAGACCUGCUGCACAUGCUGUUAGCAAGAAACAAGAUCCGUGUGUUAAAGAACAACAUGUUUUCCAAGUAUAAAAAGCUGAAGAGCCUGGAUCUGCAGCAGAAUGAGAUCUCCAAGAUCGAGAGCGAGGCGUUCUUUGGUUUAAACAAACUCACCACCCUCUUACUGCAGCACAAUCAGAUCAAAGUCUUGACGGAGGAGGUGUUCAUCUACAUGCCUCUCCUGAGCUACCUGCGUCUUUACGACAACCCUUGGCGCUGUACCUGUGAGAUAGAAACGCUCGUUUCCAUGUUGCAAGUCCCAAGGAAUCGAAAUUUGGGGAACUAUGCAAAGUGUGAAAGCCCAGGAGCACUGAAAAAUAAAAAACUGCUGCAGCUUAAAUCUGAAGAGCUGUGUAAUGAAGAAGAAAAGGAGCAACUGGAUCCGAGACCCCAAGUGUCGGGGAGACCCCCAGUCAGCAGGCCCGAGGUGGACUCAACUCUGUGCCACAAUUAUGUGUUCCCCAUACAAACACUGGACUGCAAAAGGAAAGAGUUGAAGAAAGUUCCAACCAACAUCCCUCCGGAUAUCAUUAAGCUUGACUUAUCAUACAAUAAAAUCAACCAGCUUCGGCCCAAGGAAUUUGAAGAUGUUCAUGAGCUAAAGAAACUGAACCUCAGCAGCAAUGGCAUUGAAUUCAUAGAUCCUGCUGCCUUUUCAGGGCUCACACAUUUAGAAGAGCUGGAUCUAUCAGAUAACAGCCUGCAAAACUUUGACUAUGGAGUAUUAGAAGACUUGUAUUUUCUCAAGCUCUUCUGGCUCAGAGAUAAUCCCUGGAGAUGUGACUACAACAUUCACUACCUCUACUACUGGCUCAAGCACCACUACAAUGUCCACUACAGUGGCCUGGAAUGCAAAGUGCCUGAAGAAUACAAAGGGUGGUCUGUGGGGAAAUAUGUCCGGAGCUACUAUGAAGAAUGCCCCAAGGACAAGUUACCGGCAUACCCGGAGACAUUUGAUCAGGACACAGAGGACGAUGAGUGGGAAAAAACACAGAGGGAUCAUACAGCGAAGAAGCAAAGUGUAAGGAUCACCAUCGUGGGGUGACUGGGAAAGGGUUCUGGGUGUAACUAGUUUUGUGUUUGAUAUACUGGUGUCAGAAAACCCUAUGUUUACAUUUUAACUAUGUUGCUUAUUUAUGCAGGAUCCAGCUACAGGAAGUUUUCUUUAAUUAUUUGGUAAUUGUUAUUAUGUUGUGACAAUUACAGUACUCAAGGGAGGACUCUCAUCUUGCAGUCUUAUCUGCUUGUGGAGCAGCUUUUGGGGAUAAACAGUCCCACCCUAGUGACCUGCAGGAACUGGGUCCUAAUGGUGGCAAUUAAGAUUUCAUAAUGUCCUGUAUAAAUGUUUGUACUGCUUUUUGGGGGGAGGGAAAUAACUUGGCACAUUUUUAUAUGCCUUUCAAUAGCUCUUUGUACAUACAUGAAGAUGAUGAAAACAAAAAGAUACAAAUCCUUAAUCAUAAUAAAAUGUCAUUCUUUCCUCCUGUCCACCCUCACCUUUAUUCAGUGGGCCAACUUAGGUGCUAAAUAAAUUUCCUUUUCCGAUUUCUAUAUAUUCUAAAAUGAGGUCUUAUUAUACAAAAGUCUCACUCUGCAAUCCUUGCAAAAAACUGGCAAGCCAAACCUGGAGAAAAUUGUUAUGAUAAGCCAUAAAAUAAUAUGAGAAUAUAUUAAUGGAAACUGGUUGGAAGAUAAGGUCUGGGAUACAGAUGUAGAUGGUGUGAAUUAUGACCCUGAAGAGUAACAAACACUGGUGAAUGCGGAAAUGUCACUGGGUUUUUGUUAUCUUUUUUGAGCAGUGUCCAGAAAGCCACCUGUUUGUAGUGAAGGGUGCAGCAUUCCCUGCUAAACUAAAGUGACAAGGACCAUGAAACAAAGCAUAAAAUUAGGAUUCAUGGGUAAGAAUUUACACUGAAGGCAAAACAAAAAUAAGGAAAUAUGAGCCAAUCAAGGCAACCAAGGGAGGUAGUGGUGUCCGAGAUAAUCCCCAAAGACUUGCAAGUUAAAUUCAGCUCCUUGAGAGAAACAAAUAACCAGAAAAUGAAAAAAUACAUGGAGGAUUUAAAUUUCUGAUUCCAUCAGCUUGCAUUUUGAUAGUUGGUUGUAUUCUAUAUGGAGAGAAAAAUAAGGUGAAAGGAAAUAUAUAUGUAGCAAAAUACAACUUUUCCUCUUGUAUACAGGUUCCUUUUUCACGGUGAGUUGAAUAUGUUUUCAUUUUUUGUGUCAUUUUUGUGUGCCCACAAAGGUUAGCAAGUGGUGUCAUGUGAUAGACACUUAUGCAAAUUCCCGAAACCUGGAAUAUGAUGUUAUAUGAUAAACAGUACUGAGCACUUUUGAAACAGCUACUACAUGUGGGGCACUAUGCUAAGAGUUCCACGGAUUCCCCUUGUAAUUUUCACAGGAUCCCUCUGAAGAAGAGGGUGUUGCCUGUUAGCUGUAGAUGAGGAAUCCAGAGCUGAGGGUGUGAGUAACUUGGACAAAGUCUCAGAGCAGGCAGGUGGCAGAGCCAGGGAAUCAGGGCCACCUGACCCCUUUCUGCUGAACAGGGCAGUGGGCCACCAUAAAACUACUCUUGGCCUUGGCUACCUGCCAUCAGAAUUUCCAGAUCCAAAUCCCCAAAGAGCAGUAGGUACCAGUAGGGUUAAACCUUUCUCACGAGAAGCACCCACGAAAGCCACUAGCAGGACAGAGUCUUUGGCCUAAGGCUGGUGAGCCUCUAUCAACAGGUAUAGGAAACCUAAAGCGGGAAGCCAGAGGUGCCCAGGCUGGAGGUUACAGAGGUGACCCUGGAUCAUGGGGUUCUAACCAUGCUGCCCAUUUUACUAAUGAGAAGCAGGUUUUCAAUGCAAAUCCCACAUCAUUCACUAUAAGGCAUUACAAGAUAGCUGUUGAAAUUGAAGUAUUACCAGGGAGAUGUAACAAACUCAUUUAUUGUUCUUCAUGAGCCUCAGAGUGGAACCUUAAGGGCUUGGGACCAGAAGCAACCACGGUUUGGUGAUGAAGAAAGCCUUGUAUGACCUCAGUAGGAGAAAGGAGGAUUGCACAAGGGGCAAAAGGACUCUGGGACAGCAUGAGAUUUCAUCUGAUUCUGAGAAAGGGCCCAAGUUGCUCUCUGGUUUAAUUUUUAGAGGCUAGUGGGGGGGGUAUAAGUCGUUUUUUUCCUCCCUUGAGACAGGGUCUUGCUCUGUAGCACAGACAGGUCCUGCAUGUGUAAUCUCUCACCUUAUUGCUGGUUGGUUUUUAUAUUCAGCAUCAUCCCAGGGAUUCAUUUGAAAAUAAAGUUCUGGGCCACAUCAAAGUAGAACUUAAUCCAAGCCAUCUAAAAGUAAGUCAGUUGCAGUUGCUGGUCUCUCUCAGGAUCUUAGUUGAAGUACACUUUUGCAAGCUUAGGAUGUGUACCUUCGCUGCAUCAUGGUUCACACUUUUUCAAGGAAUAUAGUUGAUCCAUGAUGAACUGAACAAUUACAUGGAUGCUUCGUCUCUGACCAUUUUUUCCUCUAAUACCUUGCCUUAUGUUCAGGAGAUCUAAAAAGUAAGUAUACUUUAUGCUAUUCAAAAACUUGACUAU